UGUCUUUGGCGCUGACGAGCCGGUUUGGUUUUGGGUACCGGUUGGAGCCGGUAAGGAGCUGCUGAGACAGGUCGGAGGACAACAUCCGCGUGAGGACCACAGAAGACCAAAGUCACAGAAAGCCCCAAGAAAGACGAAAAAGAAAUAAAGACAAGAAGUGUGACCACAGUCCUGAAGAAAGUCCCAUUCCGGAAGAAUAGGAGGCGGAACCGCUACUUCUGCCGGCCGGUGGUGUGGUGUAGCCAUGGUAAUGCUCAGCUGCUUGCGUUGUUUGGGGCCUAAGGCAUACCCUGAGGCUCCUGAGGGUGGCUGGGGCUGGGCUGUGGCUGUGGCCUUCUUUGUGGUGGAGUUCUGCACCUAUGGGACGCUGAAAAGUCUGGGGGUCUUCCUUGAGGAUCUGAUGGAAGAGUUCCAAGAGAGCAACAGCCGAGUCUCCUGGGUCAUUUCUAUCUGUGUCUUUGUCUUUACUUUCAAUGCGCCCCUAGCUACUCUUUUGAGUAACCGCUUCGGCUCCCGCCCGGUGGUGAUGAUGGGCGGCUUCCUCAUCAGCCUCGGGACCAUCAGCUCUGCCUUCAUCAGCUCCAUCAAUGAGAUGUACAUCACCAUGAGCAUUAUCACAGGCUUUGGCUACUGUCUCGCUUUCCUUCCAACCAUCACCACGCUUGCCCAGUACUUCUCCAGACGACGAGCCCUCGUCACCUCUGUAGCUUCAUCUGGGGAAUCUUUUGCCAUAGUUGCUUUGGCUCCCGCUUUGUCGGCACUGAAGGAGCACAUUGGCUGGCGCUACUGCCUGAUUUUCCUGGGCUUUUUACAGGCUUCUGUGAUUGGCUGUGGGAUUGUCCUUCGCCCACUCAUCAUCCAGUCAGAGCCUGGAAAUGAUGAUGAAUCUGAAACAAAGUCGCUUCCUUUAAAACAGCUGCAGACUGUUUACGAGCUGGAGACUGAACAAAUCUCUAUCAAUUCUGGAGUUUCCCAGGGCUCCGGGGACUCGGGCAUCAUGUCCUUGUCUGGAUCAAGUGCUGACCUCAGAAAUGUAGCAGCAGAAAGUAAAGGCCUGAUGGAGUGGGAGGAGCAGGACAGAGAUGGGCAGGUCCCGUCAUUGUCCACAGAUUCCAGCUCAGUGGAGAAGGAUGAAAGGGUAGUGGCUGAGACGGGUCCUCUCACAGCCUCCAGUCCCAAACUGCUGGACUUCCAUGUUCUUAAAGACUGUGCCUUCAUCUGGUACUCUCUUUUUGGCUUCUUUGCCACCCUAGGAUUCUUUGCCCCACAGCUUUACAUCAUUGAACUGAGCAAGAGCCGGGGUGUAGAACCCACCAUGGCUUCCUACAUGCUCUCAGUAAUGGCAGUGGCUGAGAUCUUUGGCCGCUGGUCCAUCGGGGGGGUGCUGAAUAAAGUCUGCUUCAGGAAGACUUUGGUGCUCCUUGGCUGUGUAAUCCUCCUGUGUCUAGUUCUGGUGGCCUUUACUGUCGUGAGGGAGUUUUGGGGCCUGGUGGUCUGCUGCACCCUCUAUGGCUACUUCAUGGGAACAGUGGCUUCUACACACAUUCCAAUGCUGGCUGAAGAUGACAUAGUGGGAAUUCAGAAGAUGGCAUCAUCGGUCGGUGUAUACAUCUUCAUCCAGAGCUUUGCAGGGCUGGCUGGACCACCACUGGGAGGCAUGUUGGUGGACCUCACUCAGAACUACGGCUCAGCCUUCUUCUCCUCGGCUGCAGGGAUGGGCCUGAGCGCCCUCUGCCUGGCUCUGGUCGGCCCAGCCAAGUCUGGCAUGUGCCAAAGACUUGAUGAAGAUGGACCAAAGACCAAAACUGCAGAGGAAGAGGAGAUGUCUCAGGAUUUGGAUCAGCCAGAGUUUCUGGAGGUGGACAUAACCCCAGCAGGCAGUGCGACAGCUUCACGCACAUAAGCAUCAAACCCACAAAGCUGCUCAUGCAAGUCUGCUGCGGGACAUCCCUAAUCCUGAUCCACAGCUGUCUUCACUCCCUUUAAGCCUCAGGUGUCACAGGUAAACUUGAAGUACGUCUGUUGUCUGAGACUAAAGAUACGUCCAUGCAUGUGGCAUGGUUCCAAACCACAUGCUUUGUGUUUCAGGGCAGAACCUUUGUUUUUUUUUUUUGAAUAGAUGACGUUUUGUGUUGAGUGCCUCGAUCUCCGGACAGAAGGGCGGCUGCCACGUGAGCGUGGGACAGCUGUCCGGCUGGAAAACACUCAUGAUGUCACAGCACUUUUGUGAAUUCAGGAGCGUUUUGUGCUUGUUGCAUUACAUCACAUUCCUGCAUGAAGCAGUGCUUUGUGUAGAUUCAGGGUUCUGAAGGGGUGUGUCCGGACCCAGGUCUCAGAUCAGCCACCAUCCCCCC